UACGACAACUCUUGCUCCUACGACAACUCAAGCUCCUACGACAACUCUUGCAACUACAACAACUCCCGCUUCUACUACUCCCGCUACCUCGACUCCCAUCCUUCGUUGUGCAUCGAACCCGUGCCAAAACGGAGGGGACUGCAUAGAGGGGUUGGUUGUCGAGUGGGGCAUUCGGAACCCCUACUCGUGCAUUUGCUACGGAGUCUUUUACGGGCCGGAUUGUGAAUAUGGUGGUACCACAACUUCACCUACCUCGACUCCCAUCCUUCGUUGUGCAUCGAACCCGUGCCAAAACGGAGGGGACUGCAUAGAGGGGUUGGUUGUCGAGUGGGGCAUUCGGAACCCCUACUCGUGCAUUUGCUACGGAGUCUUUUACGGGCCGGAUUGUGAAUAUGGUGGUACCACAACUUCACCUACCACGACUCCCAUCCUUGGUUGUGCAUCGAACCCGUGCCAAAACGGAGGGGACUGCAUCGAGGGGUUGGUUGUCGAGUGGGGAAUUCGGAACCCCUACUCGUGCAUUUGCUACGGAUUCUCUUACGGCCCGGUUUGUGAAAAUAUGUUCCUUGCUUGUGAAUCGAACCCGUGCCAAAACAGAGGGGACUGCAAAGACGGGUUCGAUGUCGAGCGGGGCAUUCGGCUCCCCCACUCGUGCAUUUGCUACGAAUUAUUUUACGGCCCAAAUUGUGAAUAUGAUGUUUCCACUCCACCACCUGGGGGAUGUCUGUCUUUCCCAUGCCUCAAUGGCGGAGUCUGCGAUUCCCAACAGUUCUAUCCCUACUACAAGUGCCGAUGCAGCCCAGGCUUGACAGGCAUCAACUGUGAACAUUUUGAGUCACCGCAACUGAACUGCACAUCGCAAUCCCUGGAGCUGCAGAUCCGACUGGACGAACUGAGCGCACUCAACCUUUCACCGUAUGACAUCCACCUGGAGGACCCCUCGUGCCGUGGCUACUGCACGCAGCAGUACCUGAUCCUGCAUAGCGACUUUGAGUCCUGUGGCACCACGGCCGAGGCCCAUGGCGACACCAUCGUGUACUCGAACACGGCGUACGGCUUCGUGUCGGGAACCACAGCCAAGAAACUGCGCAUCCCCGUGCACUGCUACAUUGGGUCCGAAGGGAAUGUAGUAGCGAGCUACGUGCCCAGAGUGCAUGACAAGUACAGCUCGGGCACCUUUGACCUGAGCAUAGAGCUCUACAUGGACCAGAGCUUCGGUCAGCCUGUCCACUCGUACCCAUUCGAGGUGGACCUCGGAGCCCCGAUCUACGUGGAGGUGCUUCUCAACUCCCAUGCCAAUGACCUUCAGCUCUUUCUGGAGACGUGCAGAGCCUCCCCCUUCACCGGCGCCGAUGACAGCGACUCCUACUUCAUCAUUAGAAAUGGAUGUCAACAGGAUCUCUCAUACGUCAACUACUACAGUGGCGACAACAAGAGACAGCGUUUCAGCGUCAGAGUGUUGAGUUCUCCAAUGGCUUUCAGGUGUACCUGGAGUGCUCCGUACGCGUUUGCCAAAUUUCCGACCUGAACUCGAGAUGCCAGCGAGGGUGCGUUCGCGCCAAGCGGUCCGUGCGUGACCUCGUCAGCCGGGAUAAUCGUGCCGAGCACAAAGUGGACCUCUCCCAGGGCCCCGUGCUGCUCCGCAAGUCACGGCAGGCUUCUGGGGUGCUGAGCUCGCUGGCGGGCAUGGUGUACGCCCUGGCUGCCGCCCUGGUCGUCUCUGCCGUGUGCGUGGCCGCGGUGAAAGUCUACCGCCACCGCGCCGCAGGGCCCCGUUACAAACCCCUCGUCACGUACGAAGAAUUCACAACUUAAUGGACGCCACCUCCAACAUGAUCUCUUGCAUGAAAUCAUUAUAUAUACCAAAUAGGUGUUUGGGUUUACUUAGAAUGGAUUUCAGAAGGCAUAUAUUAAUUUAGCAGUUUAAGUCCUGUGCCAUGGGAUUAGUCUACAAUAUGGAUAUUGUAUGUGUUGGGAAAUUUGAUUUUAUUCAAGAGUACAAUGUUGGUAAACUUCCUUGAUUGACAGGUUUCAUAUGAAUGUACAAUAUAUAAUGGUGAUUAUUUAUAUUACCUGAUACAUAUCAUGAUGCAAUACAGGUACUGUAAUUUGAGAGAAAAAUACAACCUAUGAAAGUACAAUUUGAAGUUACUUUGCACAAAAUUUGGGUUAGAGAUCAUUUAACUGUUCAGGCCUAUAUUGACUUCCAGAAGACUGAUUUGUUUUGGUAAUAUUUGGGUGACCUCAAUGUGAUCAAUUUUCAACUAAUGCACUAAUGAUGUCCCACAUGUUUAAUAAUAAUUUUUUGAUUACAGUAAUUGCCAAUUAUAUUAUUUUAAACAGUAUCGUUUUCUUGUACAUUUAUAGUGCCUAUUGUAGGCCAUACAAUAACAUCUUCUCACAUGUUUAUCUUAUCUUCAUAACGGGGGACUUGAAUGGUUUCAAUUCGGAACUAUUGAGCUUCUUGUGUAUACAUGAUUGAGUAGGAGUGUGGAUCACUUUUUGCCCUUUGCUAAUUAUUGUACAUCAUAAGGUUGGUUAUGGUGAAAUAAAAUUUUAACGUGAAUUGG